AUGUUCGUCAUCAAGGCAACCCUGCGCGAUGAGACUCGCCGCAUCUCAUUCGACGUGAACGGGUUCCCCAACUACUCCGAAAUCCAGGACAAGCUUCGCGCAGCCUUUAGUCUACCCGCGACUGCCCAUCCCUUCUGGCACAACGUCCUUUUCUACCCUGACGAUGCUAAGAACUCUCGCAUCAAGUUCAAGCAGCACGUCUGCGACGCUGAUGACGCUGGUCAGCAACCUUUCAAGAGCGUCUCGGGCUAUCCCAGUCCUAUGCUCGUGUUCAACGUUCUGACUACCUCUGACCCUCGACUGAACGCCAUCCGUGACUACCACAAGGCCAGCAAGAUGCAGGCUAAAGCCAACGAACUCGAUGUCGCCAUUGCCGCCAUCGACGAGGACCUCUUGCACAGGCAUCAGCUGCUCGUGUCUUUGGAGGACAAGCUCCAGCAGUGUCGUCGUGAGGGGGAUGCGCUCGGCGUUUCGUUCUGGUCCGACCGCGUCGAGGAGAAGCGCCGCUCGCUUCCUCAGCUGAACGAGAAGCUCCGCAGCCUUCGCACCGAGCGCCGUGCCAUUGUUGAGGAGCUCGACCGCAUGCGUCCGUCAUCUCCCGGCCUCUCCCUGCGCCAGUGGGCCGACUCGCAGGAGCUUGACGAGAUCCGCCAGAUGCGUGACACCGAUCAAGAACUUGCCGCCUGGCAGAUCGAGAACGCCGACGCCACGUUCCCGCCCCUCGAGUCUGUCCUUAACGGUAGCUCUCGUUUCCCGACCUCGCGCUGGUCUUCCGGACCGUGGGGAAACAUGCCUCUCCCACCAAACAGCUUUCGUCGCCCGCUGCCUGACCCCCCGGCUGCUGGGGGCAUCGGUGCGAUUCGCGACAUCUUUGCUAGCUCGGCCGCGAAUGCGAUCCCCGCUCGUGAGAUUGGCGCCGUUCUCGACCGUUUCCUGGAGCACUUCCAGGGCCAGCUCUGCGAUACGCUUGACACUUUCGCCUCGCGCAUCUCCCCCAACCCUCCUCAGGAGGCCGCUGCGCCUGCUGAAGUUCCCGAGAUGAAGGCCGAGUCCUCCGAGCCGCACAUCCCCGGUGCCUUUGUUUCCUCGACCCCUGCCGCUCCUGCUGUUCCGGAGGCGGGGACCGCGACGGACGAGAAGAAGAAGGACAAGACGAAGAAGCACUGCCAUGGUCACAAGGGCGCAUACCGUCACAAGCACAUUACCUGCGACGGUUGUCUGACCGGUAUCCGCGGCAUGCGCUACAAGUGUGAGCAGUGCGCCGACUACGACCUCUGCGGAUCGUGUCUCGCAUAUCUCCACACUUCGGACCUGCACCCCGUUACCCACACCUUCCGUGCCAUGCUGCAUCGUGGCCUCGAGGAGCGCAUCAAGUUUGGUGGUACUGAGCCGACUCGUGCGACCCACCAGGCAAGCCGUCACCCAGCCACUUGUGACCUGUGCUCCGAGAACAUUGUCGGUGUUCGCUGGAAGUGUCUCAACUGUCCAGACUGGGACUGCUGCUCGUCUUGCGCUCGCUCUGUCUCUUUGACGCACCCCGGUCACAGCUUCGUUAAGCUGCACAAGCCUACCGACUACGUCGGUAACGCUGCGUGGGACGCGAAGAGCAACGUGCACCACCCCUUCGUCGUCUGCGACGGAUGCAACACUUCCAUCCGCGGACCUCGCUACAAGUGCAUGCACCCGAGCUGCCUUGACUACGACCUGUGCGAGAAGUGCGAGUCGCAACCCGUCCCCAUCCACCCCGAGGACCACCCCAUGCUCAAGACCAAGACCCCUCUCCACGUCAAGGUCCAGUCGUCGUUUGACCCUAUCAACGAGGUCUACGAUGACCACCAUCGCCGCUACCGCGUCUCGCCCCGCAAGGAGCGCAAGGCGCGCAAGCCCGAGGCUGAGGCGGAGAGCAGCUCCCAGGCUCAGAAGGCCGCUGAGGAGAAGCCUGAAGUCAAGGCCGAGGCUGUCCAGGUUGACAGCACUUCUGAGGCUGAGCCGUCGUUAAUUGACAUGAGCGAGACCCCAGUUCAACCCCCCAUCGACCGCGCGACCACUCCCAAGCCUGCUAAACCCGAGAACUCUCGUGCUUUCACCCGUGGCGAGGAGUACGCCAAGGCUCUCGAUUCUCUCUUCCAGACCCCUCUGCGUGUCCCCGGUGGUACCGUCAGCUUCAAGAAGGACUUUGACACUUCUCGCCUCGCCCAGAGUGUUGUUUCAAACGUCCAGAACAUUGCCGAGCGUGUGUCUCAGAGCGUCGCCAGCACUAUCGCCCAGGGUGCUGUUGCUUCUGCUGACCUCGGUGCCGAGCCGGAGCGUGCGCGCACUCCCACUCCCGUCGGUGCCUUCCCCCAGCAGGGUUACACCGUCCCGCCUCCCGUCAAGACUCCUCCCCGCAGCCACCUCGAUGCCCAGCAGAAGGCUGCCGCCGAGGCCGACAAGGUCGCUGCUAGCAUCAAGAAGGCUGAGGAGGCCGCGCAGGCCGAGCGCCAGAAGGCUAUGGCCGAGUCGAACCGCGUCAGCCGCGAGGCUGAGCGCGCUGUCGACGAGAGCAAGAAGGCGACGAACGAAGACUUUGUUUCGUCGCUGAAGCAGGCCGAGGAGGAGAUUCGCCAGGCGAUGAGGGAGAUCCGUGCCGAUCGCGCCCGCCGCGAGGCCGAGAAGGCCAAGGCGAAGGGCAAGGCCAAGGCUGUCGAGGUUCCGGCGCCGUCGCAGAUGGAGGAGACUGAGCGCGAAGACCCGAUCGUCAAGAUUAUCGCCGAUGCUGCCAAGCAGCACGCCGCUGCGUUCGAGAAGGCGCGUGAGGAGGAGAAGUCCAAGGAGGCUGAGAAGGAGGUUCCGAAGGAGGAGUCCAAGAAGACCGAGGAGACGCCCGAGCCCGAGCGUGUUGACCCCAUCUCGUCGAUUAUUGCCGCCGCCGCUGCGCCCAAGAACGCCGGCCAGGAGCCCGUCGGGCCCCACGACAUCUUCACUUGGGUCCGCCACGUUACGAUCCCCGCCGGCACUGUGCUCCCCGCCGGUGCCGAGUUCACCAAGACGUGGCGCGUGCGCCACUAUGCCAGCGGCUCGGAGUACAACUUUGACAAGCUCCGACUCGUGCACACGACAGAGGGCAAGCUCGGCCCUGCGUGCAAGACCGCCCAGGUCGUCUUCCCCAGCGACAUCGUCAAUGGCGGGGACGUCGAGGUGUCCAUCGCAGGCCUGAUCGUGCCUGAGGAGCCGGGCAAGGAGAUCACAGAGCAGUGGCGCUGGGAGGACGCUCAAGGCGUCGUCUACGGCCAGCCUCUGCGCGUGCGCAUCAACGUCGAGGCGGUCAGCUCGGGCGAGAGCUCCAUGCACGCCUCAUCCUUUGUGCUUCCCCAGCAGAAGCUCGCAACCCCGGGCACCGGUGACUCCUUCUACCUCCCUACACCCCGCGAGCUGCGCAUGGCCCACCGCCCCGCUCUCGACGCCGACGAGCUCAGCGAGGAGCUGCACUCGGUCGCCUCGGCCUCGGACGCCCACUCGGAGCUGCACGUUGUUGACGACGACGCCUCGUCCACCUUCUCGUUCAGCGACAUUGAGCGCGACUCGGCCGUCGUCAAGGGCGCGCAGACCGUGACCUCGGAGUCGGACGAGGACUAUGACUUUGUCGACACGACGGACGAGGACACGGAGAGUGAGAUGUGA